GUACGAGAUGUUUGCGCAAACCCUACAGCAACAGCGAGGUUUCGGCAACAAUUUCAAGUUCCCUGGAGAGCAGCCGUCAGCUCCGAAUCAGCCAUCAGGUGUCCCCGUCGGUGGAAACGAUGAUGAUGACCUCUACAGUUGA